GUGGUAUCUGGGUACUCUGGAUGGACAGGAACAAAAACUUGCAUAAAGGAAUGGCUCAUUCAGGAAAAGAGAAUGCUAGGUAUAUGAGGCAUUACCUGGGCGAAAUUGAUGGCAUAAAUGAGAGACAGAUUAGUGACGCCCAGCAAACUGACAAAUGGAAGGCCCCUGCACAACCCACUAUCAACAUCAAUUUUGAUGCUUCUUUUGAAGAUCAUAACCACCAAUCGGUAUCUGCAGUAGUAAUAAGAAAUCAUAAAGGGGAAAUCAAAGCCACCAAAUCAUACCUCCACUCCAUGGUGGCUACGGCUUUUGAAGCAGAAGCUAUAGCAUGUUAUGAAGCGGUUCUCAUGGGGAAAGAUAUGGGUUUCUCAGAUAUCCUCGUUGAAGGAGAUUCCAAAACAAUUAUAAACAAAUGCAUGACAAAAUCCAGAGACAAAUCGCAUGUUAGUACUUAUAUCAGUAACAUUCAUAGUGAAAAAAGCAGUUUCCAGAAUAUCUCGUUUCUCUUUAUUCCGAGAUCGGCUAACCAGUUAGCCCAUGCCAUUGCCACAAUAAGUCUAAGGAAGAAGGAAGAGAUUUACCUGUUUGAUACGGCUCCUGGGUAUGCCACACACCAAUCAGAACUGGAACGACCAAGAGAGCCCAACUGAAAUGAAGAGUCAGAUUGCAGAGAUGGAGGAUGUAGAGAGACCCUUCAUCAGAAUAGUUCUUCUUUUUACCAUUCAUCAGAAUAAUUCUUCUUUUCUCUCAGGCCUUACCCCUAUUGAAACUGAAUCAACAUUUAGGAUAGAGGAAAGUGGGGGACAAGUCAUUUACAACGGACGGGGAUAUCAAAGUCUUUAGGUGUUUUUUGUUAGUUCUAGAGAAUUCUAUUGUUUUA